CAACAAGUGUACCAACAAGGAGAACCCUGAGUGUGAUGGAACACCUGGACUGUGAGGACAAAUCAGAUGAGGCCAACUGUGAUUGUGGGCGGAGCCUGUUUAAAACUAGCCGUAUCGUGGGUGGACAGGACGCAGAAGAAGGGGAGUUCCCGUGGCAGGUCAGCCUCCACAUUAAGAACAGUGGUCACGUGUGUGGUGCUUCCAUCAUCAGCCAGCGCUGGCUGGUUACUGCUGCUCACUGUGUACAGGAUGACGCCAAGACCAGGUAUUCCCAGCCAGGUGUAUGGGAGGCGUACCUAGGCCUUCACGUCCAGAAGCAGAACAGUAAGAACGUUCAGAAGAGGAACCUGCGUCAGGUGAUCUCCCACCCGUACUACAAUGCCUAUACCUUCGACAACGACAUCGCUCUGAUGGAGCUAGACAGCCCUGUGACCUUUUCUGAUUACAUCAGACCCAUCUGUCUGCCCUCCCCACAACACACCUUCCCCCAGGGUAACUCUGUCUGGAUCACAGGAUGGGGCGCCACACGAGAAGGAGGCUCUGGUGCAUCCGUCCUGCAGAAGGCCCAGGUCCGUAUCAUCAACAGUACUGUGUGUAAUCGGCUGAUGGGAGGACAGAUCACCUCCAGGAUGACGUGUGCUGGUGUGCUGACUGGAGGUGUGGACGCAUGUCAGGGGGAUUCUGGCGGGCCUCUGUCCAGUCCUGGUACUAGUCGUAUGUUCCUGGCUGGAGUGGUGAGUUGGGGUGACGGCUGUGCCCGUAGGGACAAGCCUGGGAUCUACAGCACCGUCACCAAGUUCAGGGGCUGGAUCAAGGAGAAGACCGGCGUGUAACAGGACUCGGGGAAACGACUAGGAAUGAUGAGGACAACCGGCCGAUGAACACGCCAGUACUGUACAGAUUACUGGUUCGCCGGGACUCGCCCUCUACCCUCCUCCGCUCCCUUCCAUUAUCCAGGAGUGGUGAACUAUUUUACACGCUUUGAUCUCAGGCCUCACAAUGCACUCCCUUUCAUAUCGAUGGACUAUGGACCGUUGGUUGGGUUUCUCUGUUGAAAGGCAGAUGCCUUAAUGUCUAAAUGUUUAUUAUAAUGACUGGUGUCUGAAUGUGUAUUUUUGUUAUGAGGAGGAAUAGGUGGUUUUGUGGUGAAAGUGUUUUUAAGAAUUGUAAAUAAUGUCAAAUUUUGUGCGUUUUUAAAAAAAAUUUUUUUUUAGAUAUAUUAGUUUUGCCCAUUGCAAUCAGUCAUUUGGAUUGGAUACACACAACAUUUUCUGGUACGUUUUGCAUAGGUAGGAUUUGGGCCAUUUUUAAGGUGUAACUGUAGAAAAACUGUUACAUGCGCGUACACAAGGAGACGAUGUGUUCCGUUGCUUGUUUUGUCAUUGGAUUUGAAUCGUUUCCCCAUAGGUUUUGUUUUCUCGUCAUCUUUUAGAACGGUCUCUUAAAUGUGAAUUCAGACUCUUUUACUUGUUGCCCUUGUACUCAUGAAGGGGGGUGGGGUUUGCAUUCCAAAUGGCGCCAUAUUCCCUAUGAAGUGUACUACUUUUGACCAGGAUCCAUAAGGGCUCUGUUUUGUUAAAGGUGGUACACUAUGUAUGGAAUGGGGUGCCAUUUGGAACACAGGGCUCAAACAGACGGGAUGGAGCUGGGGUCAGACGGGAUGGAGCUGGGGUCAGACGGGAUGGAGCUGGGGUCAGACGGGAUGGAGCUGGGGUCACUAUCUACUAUGAUUUGGUGUUUGACGCAAUAGUUUUUUGUUGAAAUACCAGGAAGUUCUGAUGCGACAUGAUGAUGAAUAACUUUUAUUUUUUUAAAUGUGAUUUAUUCCUUGAUGCUCUUCUUUUUUUUCUCCUCCCAACUUUAUUUUUCAUUUAAUUUGGGUCCGACGUCAACGCUUUUACAUCAGAAUAAAGCUUCAUUAGAGAUCGUCUGUUCGGUUAGCAUUGUGCAUAGAAAUACAUUGAUUUCACAACAUCUUUUUUGAGGACAUGUACAAAUGAUCGAAUUUAACUUAGAAAUUAAAACAUUAUCCAGCAUUUAUCAAAUCAACCACUUACUGUAAUUGUUUUUUAUAUAUAAGUGUUUAAAAUAAAUAUGAACGACCAAACUUUUGUAUUUUC